CCUCAGCUGCACAAAUCCUCACAGAGGAUCCAAGGUCUGCUAGGAUGGCUCGCAUGUCUGUUUUCAGGUUCUCAGCGCUGGCUCUGCUGCUGCUGUCUGCUUGUUGUUGGGCCGACAACGAGGCAGAGGACAUUGCAGAGGUGGACUCAGGGGAGCUUUCUGUCUCUGAACUUCUGGAGAGAGCCAACAGUAAUCUGAUCCGUUCCGCCGAUGAUCCCAUCCUGACUGGAGGAGACAUCGCCAUUGACAGCGAGGCAGAGAAAAAUGCCGACCCCUGCACCAGCCAAGGCUGCAUGUGGGGCAAGUGGACUGAUGGGAAGGUCUACGUUCCUUAUCACAUCGCCAGUCACUUCUCCUCCCGUGAGAAGGACAUCAUCAUCCGUGGACUGGAGUCCUUCUCUUCCUUCUCAUGCAUCCGCUUCAGGCCCAGCGAAAGCAGCGACCACGACUGGCUGAGCAUUGAGUCCCAGAAUGGCUGCUACUCCUUCGUUGGCCGUCGUGGUGGUAAGCAGGUGGUGUCUCUGGCCCGUAGUGGAUGCCUUUACCAUGGCACCGUCCAGCAUGAGCUGCUCCACGCUCUGGGAUUCAACCAUGAACAGACCCGCUCUGACAGGGACAACCACAUCAAAGUCCUGCUGCAAAAUGUUCAGUCCGGAAUGGAGCACAACUUCAGGAAGAUUGCCACCCUCAACCAGGGCACGCCCUACGAUUACAACUCUGUCAUGCAGUACCACAGGUACGCUUUCUCCAAGAACAACCAGCCCACCAUGGUCCCCAUCCCUGACUCCAACGUGUCCUUUGGCAAUGCUAAGGAGAUGAGCCGCAAUGACAUCGCCAGGCUCAACACACUCUACAAGUGCUAGGAAGCCUGUUCAGAUGUGCUGACAGACAGAUCAGAGGGAAGAUUGUCUCCUGGUGAUCACUGAACAACAGAACUUAUCAGCACAACAGUCAAUGAUCUUACAAUAAAGUUACUUUGACUGAAACA